CCGUGACUAUGGCUUGAAAACAGCGAUCGGUCGCCGGCUGCAAGCGCGAUCAAUGGCUGAGCGCAGCAGGUCAGACAUCCCUGCAACAGAAGCUACCGACAAAUGUUUAGCAGACCACGGUGCAGAGGAAGAACGAGCCAGUGCGGACAAACCUAUUCAAGAAUGCAUAACCAGGAUAUUACAAUAUAUCAGGCAGAUAAAAUCACAGAUCGGUUGUUUUCACCAGUUUAUUAAUGUUGAGCCAUUAAAGAAAGAAUUUAAAACUUUAACUGGCCUGCUUCGAGCAGGUACAAACAGAGUUGACACAUGCGACCAAGACAAAAUAGAUGGCAGUCGCGGUCAGACAGAAACGAGCGUUCAUCGACAAUCAAAAAGCGCCAUACCCAUACAUGACGUAAUCGCCAGCGCACUUGCCCUCGAUUCGCCUUCGCGAAAGCCCACAAUAUACAAAACAUUGCAACCAGUGCCUGCAGAAGUUGUGAAAGGUUCUAAGGCGUAUGGACGAGCUAAGGUAAACGUUCCCGACAUAUGGAAUCCACCGGCAGCUGUCCCAGAAGGUCAUCUGUUGCCACCUAUGCCGAACACAUUCCGGUUGGAUAUAAUGUUGGCUUCACGGUACUUGUGUUUACUGGAAAGCCUAAUGCGACUGACACAGGAAAGUCGAAAAAGCGCGCUUCAAAAUCCGAUUAAUUGUGCAGAGGAUGGGAAAUAUCCACUUAGUUUGCGUUUACAACACGCGCGUCAGACACUGAACCGACUCAUCGAGGCAGCUGAUCGGAUCAAUGGCAGAAAACAUGUGGAUCGUAUUUUAAUACACCUUCGGCGACGCAGUACUGCCAAGUCGAUUAUGUACAUGAUUGAUCAAGAAAGGCAUAGGAAAGCACCGUGGCGUAUGUAGGAUGUCAACAACGGGUGCAUUGUGGUACUUAUGGUGCAUCGAAGUUCACCACCGGCUAUCAGAAGUUACAUAUCACUUUUGGUCAGAAUAUAAUACUUAUAUCGAGUUGAAAACAAACAUGUAUGUUCCUGUUUAACCACUCACAAAUCGUUGCCACUUAUCUAGUUCGAA